CUGUUUCUGCUGUGUGGGUUGUCUGCUGCUUCCUUCCCUGAGCCACACACUGAUGGAGACACCUCUUGAGAAGGCCCUGACCACUAUGGUCACCACUUUCCAUAAAUAUUCGGGGAGAGAAGGCAGCAAACUGAUCCUGAGCAGGAAGGAACUAAAGGAGCUGAUCAAGAAGGAGCUGUAUCUUGGAGAGAAGAUGAAGGAGAGCAGCACUGAUGACCUGAUGAAGAGCCUGGACAAGAACAGUGACCAGGAGAUCGACUUCAAGGAGUACUCGGUGUUCUGACCACGCUGUGCAUGGCCUACAACGACUUCUUCCUGGAGGACAGUGAAUGACCGGGGCUCAGCCCCUUCCCCCUGGUCUCUGCAACUUCUCUCACAGCUCCUCUCUGGCCCCU